AUUUAAUCUGUGAAUGCUUUGGGAUUGUUUGAUAUUGCAGGUUCUACCAGAUAGAAAAGCUGUGAAACUAGGCAUGGUACUCCUCUUUGAACUCUUCCUUCUUCGUGGCACCUAUACCUGGAUUGAUCGAGAAGUGGGAUGGGGAGCUUUUCCCUUAUGUGAUAGCAAUCUUAAUGCUUUGGAGGGAAAAUUUAAAUGUCCCUUCCUCAGAGGACAUUAUGACUCCAGAAUUGACCGAUUCAAAAAAAUUGAAAAUUUUAUUUCUCAGGAUUUGGAUCAUUGGUUAUGCAAUCUCUACUUUCAGAUAAUUAAACUACCACAGGAUUCAGAUAAGCAGAAUAAGCAUGGUAUGCAUGUUCAUCUGCCACCUGAACUUCUUAUGUAUUCAAGCACUGCUGAAAAGAAUGGUGUCUCAGAAAGUGUUGUACAGUCUGGACCACAAGGGCAACCUCUGACCUCCCCAAAAGAUCCUGACACCCAUAAGGGAAGUAUUCCCACUGUUGUAAAGGAAGUGGAAAAGCAGUUUAAUGCUGCGAAAGGAGGAGAAGCGUGUGUGUCAGAAGAAGCUGUGAGGAAAAGAGAAGACCUUAAAAUGCUUCCAGCAGAGGAUUACCAAGAUUGCCGUGGCAAUGCAGACAAGCACUGUGGCUCGUUUUGGCUGAAGGAGGUCCAAGAAGGACAUCACAAGGUCAGCAGGAAUAACCCACCUGACCAAUGCUGCGAAUUAAAAUCGGGUUCAGAGAACAAUGCAAGCCAAGAAGAAGGGAAAACAUCUGAAGAGAGCAAUUUUUAUUUGGAAGACUUGGAGAAAUAUACAUUUUCUGUGUGGCUUGCCAAAGGGGAGAUUGUGGAAUACAGUAUCUCCUUCUCCAGCAAAGUCGGAUUUGGACAGGAGAGAACAGGGAGGAUCUGCUAUUUGCCUGGCCUUGGAUCUGAACACUCAAACCAAACUGCCAGGUUUGGGAGUCUGGUUACAAAAUUCUGA